AUGUAUUGUUAUUUUGUUGUUAAGAAAAAAGACUUCCUUUUCCUUCAGACAGUUGUGUUGUUGUGAAAUACAUUGUAAUCCAUCUGCGGAUCAGCUAUUUUGACAACACAUCCCCAACAAAAACAAUGGCCAAAACCCGAUAUGAUUUAGUGGUCGGUCUACACAAAGGCCAUAAAGUGACCAAAAAUGAACGAAAGCCGAAACCGUCGAGUUUUAAGGGCCGCAUCACCCGUCACAACAAGUUUGUCCGCGACAUUGUCCGUGAGGUUUGCGGUUUUGCGCCGUACGAGCGCCGGUGUAUGGAGUUGUUGAGGAUCUCCAAAGACAAGAGAGCCCUGAAGUUCUUGAAGAAACGUCUCGGCACUCAUUUGCGGGCAAAGAGGAAGAGAGACGAGUUGUCCAAUGUUUUGGUUCAACAAAGAAAAGCGGCGGCCGCUCAGCACAAGUAGUUUGUUGUUUUGUUUUGGCCAUCGAUCGGAAAAUGUAAUUUACAUUUAAAUUAAAAAAAAUGAAUAAAAUUAAUGUUUUUUCAUCAAUAAGUAA